GACACCUGACUGGAAAACAUGAGCGACACUUCUCCAUAUCAGGAUGUCCACUGUAUCAUAAUCUUUCAGCAGAUGAGUGCAAGGUGCGAGCACAAAGCCGGGAUAAACAAAUUGAGGAGAGGAUGUUGGCCCAUCGGCAGGAUGACAACAACAGACAUGCCACCAGACACCAGGCACCAACAGAGAGACAGCUGCGGUACAAGGAGAAAGUAGCUGAGCUCAGGAAGAAAAGGAACUCAGGACUAAGCAAGGAGCAAAAAGAAAAAUACAUGGAGCACAGACAAACUUAUGGCAAUACUAGAGAACCUCUGCUUGAAAACCUGACCAGUGAGUAUGACCUUGAGCUUUUCCGAAGAGCACAAGCACGAGCUUCUGAGGACUUGGAAAAAUUGCGACUCCAGGGCCAGAUCACAGAAGGCAGCAAUAUGAUUAAAACAAUUGCCUUUGGCCGUUACGAGCUGGAUACCUGGUAUCAUUCUCCCUACCCAGAGGAGUAUGCUCGGCUGGGACGUCUCUACAUGUGCGAAUUCUGUCUCAAAUAUAUGAAGAGCCAGACAAUACUGCGUAGACACAUGGCAAAAUGUGUGUGGAAACACCCACCAGGUGAUGAAAUCUACCGCAAAGGCUCCAUUUCAGUGUUUGAAGUCGAUGGCAAAAAGAAUAAGAUCUACUGUCAAAACCUCUGUCUGCUGGCAAAACUUUUCUUGGACCAUAAAACUCUGUAUUAUGACGUUGAACCCUUCCUCUUUUAUGUCAUGACAGAAGCUGACAACACUGGAUGUCACCUGAUAGGGUAUUUCUCCAAG